AUGGAUGAUGCAGUGGGUACCUCCAUCUUAACCUUAUGUGAGACAUCGGAAAGAGGAGAAGGAAUGUUAACUAAAACAGCCCUUCUAAAAGCCGCAAUGCGAUUUCUAUUUGCUAAAAAGCUGACGCUCCGUUCUUUGGGCAUUAAGUGGCUAUCAGUCCACCUAAUGAAUGAAAACGAUUCAAGGUUCAGGCGCCCCGAGCUGCAAGGAAGUGUAAUGUCUAAAGCUGUUAGCAUUUAUAUUACAGAGCGGCCCGUUGACUUAAAGCUGGAUGAUAAAGGAAUAUCCUUUUUCAAGGCAGAGACUGUCAAGAAAGUGGCUGAAAUCUUAACUUCAGAAAGUGUGGACAUAGCAGUUUGCAAAUCAGCCGCUGAACAGCUGGCAGUUAUAACACAAGAUACUGCAAUGCACAGUGUAGUGAAAGAGCUGAAGGUUGUGGAGACUAUACGUAAUGUACUGGAGAAAUGUGUGCACCAGGAUGGGCAGGUUUAUGAAUGUAUGGUUUGCCCAUGCUUAACACUCCUGCGAAAAUUGGUGUAUGCUGACCCUGUAGUGCGC